UCUGCCUUCCCCGCAGCCUCGGCGGGCUCCUCCAGCGUCCCUCCGCCGGCUCUGGGCUCCGCCGGGCGGGCACCCGCGACCCCCGCCUCCCGCGACCCCCACCUCCCGCGGCCCCCACCUCCCGCGGCCUGCUCCAGCGCGCACCGAGCCCUGCCCAGGGCGCACCGGCUCCCGGCGCGCUCCCCCUUGGACUAAGCUGCGGCUUCAGGGACUUCGCCCCCCAGGGCCACCCGCCUCCUCGCCCCAUGGCGACCCUGCUCCUCGCCGGCUUCCUGGCCCUGCUCUGCGCACAGCUGGCCCAGCCGGCUGGGGUGUUUGAGCUUCAGGUGCACUGGUUCCGCAUCAGCGCCCCCAGCCUGUGCCCCGGCACCAGGCCCUGCUGCCUUUUCUUCCGCGUCUGCCUCAAGCACGCCCAGGCUGUCGUGUCCCCCGAGCCCCCCUGCACCUUCGGGGCCGCCCUGAGCGACAUGGUCCCUGCCGACCGCAACGCUGUGGCCACCAGCGCACCCAUCCGCGUGCCCUUCCACUUCAAGUGGCCGGGCACCUUCUCCCUCAUCAUCGAGACGUGGAGAGCCGAAGCGGGCGAGCCGUCCACAGAGGACGCCCAGAACCUGAUCAGCCGCCUGGCCACGCGGCGCCGGCUGGCGGUGGGCGAGGACUGGUCCCAGGACGUGCAGCUGGGCGAGCAGAGCGAGCUGCGCUAUUCCUACCAUGUGCUGUGCGACGAGCACUACUAUGGCGAGGGCUGCUCCGACUACUGCCGCCCCCGCGACGACGCCUUCGGGCACUACGCCUGCGACGAGCUGGGCGCCCGCAUCUGCCUGCCCGGCUGGAGGGGGGAGUACUGCUCCGAGGCCGUCUGCCUGGCGGGCUGCAGCGAGGGGCACGGCUACUGCGAGCGGCCCGGGGAGUGCAAAUGCCGGAUCGGCUGGCAGGGGGGCCUGUGCGACGAGUGCGUCCGCUACCCGGGCUGCCUGCACGGCACCUGCAGCCAGCCCUGGCAGUGCAACUGCCGGGAGGGCUGGGGCGGCCUCUUCUGCAACCAGGACCUGAACUACUGCACCAAUCACCGGCCCUGCCGGAACGGGGCCACCUGCACCAACACGGGCCAGGGCAGCUACACCUGCAGCUGCCGGGCCGGCUUCACGGGCGCCGGCUGCGAGAUCGAGACCAACGAGUGCGACAGCAACCCCUGCAAGAGCGGCGGCAGCUGUGACGAUCUGGAGAAUGACUACAAGUGCACCUGCCCCCAGGGCUUCUACGGGAAGAACUGCGAGAUCAGCGCCAUGACCUGUGCCGACGGGCCCUGCUUCAGCGGAGGCACCUGCGCCGAGAAGCCCACAGGCGGCUACACCUGCCACUGCCCUCUGGGCUACCACGGCUCCAACUGUGAGAAGAAGAUCGACCGGUGCACCAAUAACCCCUGUCUGAACAGUGGCCUCUGCCUGGACGUGGGCCGCCGGGUGCUCUGCAAGUGCCGGCCCGGCUUCGCCGGCACCCGCUGCGAGCGCAACAUUGACGACUGCGCCUGCAACCCCUGCGUCAACGGCGGCACCUGCCUGGACGGGGCCAACAGCUACACCUGCUCCUGCACCCUGGGCUACGGCGGCAAGGACUGCAGCGUGCGUGUGGACGCCUGCAGCUCCAGCCCCUGCCUCAACAGCGGCACCUGCUACACCCACUUCUCCGGCCACGUCUGCGAGUGCUCCGCCGGCUACAUGGGCCCCAGCUGCGAGUUCAAGGUGCAGAGCCCCACCCCGGCCAGCAGCCGGCGGCUGGCGGUCAACGACCCCUUCCCGAUGGCCCUGGCCGUCUCCUUCGCCCUGGGGCUGGUGACCCUGGCCCUGGGGGCGUGCGCAGCCCUGGCGGUGCUGCGGCAGAUGAGGCAGGGCCGCAAGGUGGUGAAGGGCACCGUGCGGAAUGACCUGGACACCAUCAACAACCUGAAGGAGAGGGAAGGGUUCCUCGUUGCACCCGGGCGGUUCAAGGUGCCCAACAAAGAGCCCAAGUUUGGCAGUGACGGCCUCCGGGACAAGUUCAACUGCAAGCGGAAGCUGCUGGAUCUCAGCGGGGACGCCGCCUGCAAGAAGAAGCCGGAGAAUAAGAAAUCGGAGCCGAUCUUCUCCCGUGCCCCUGCUGGGUACCCCAAAGACGGCCCCUAUCGCCCUAUUUAUAUUAUCCCGGACCAGACAGAGCCGUGCAUCUUUGCCACCGAGGUUUAAGAGUGGCCCCCUGACCUCGGACCUGUGGCUCCGUGUCCCCCCCCGGCCCGCCCCGCUAAAGAAUGUUUACAGAGAUGCCUCCUCGGACGCCUGGAUCAGCAGCGGACGACGUACUGUUAUUUUUUAAUCUAUAGAUGAUAAAUAUCGACUCCUGUUUGUUUUCUAAAGAGAAAAAUAUUUAAUAUUUAUUCUUGCUGCUAUGUGAGUUGGGGGGUGGGAGGGGACCAAAGGA